AUGAGCGAACCCAGUCAGACCCAAUCAGCUUCGGCUGCUUCUCUAUACCUCACUCUUGCGCCUGUCGCAUUAACUGCCGGCGUCUAUUUCACCAUCUUCCUUGUCCUGCGAAAAAGUCAGAGGCGAUUCUAUGCUCCUCGAACCUAUCUAGGGAGUCUUCGUCCGAGCGAACGAUCACCAGCUCUUCCCAAUGGCUGGUUUAAUUGGAUUGGCUCAUUUUGGAAGAUUCCUGAUGUCCACGCAUUGCAGCAUCAAUCCCUGGAUGCUUAUCUCUUUCUCCGAUUUUUGCGCAUUCUGGUUGCUAUAUGCUUCGCAGGAUGCUGUAUCCUAUGGCCAGUACUCUUUCCCGUGAAUGCCACGGGGGGUAACCAGGAGGCUGUGCAGGUAGAUAUGCUCUCCUACGCUCGCGUUAAUAAGGAUACACAAUCGAAUCGCUAUUAUGCUCACACCUUUAUGGCCUGGAUCUUCUACGGAUUUGUCAUGUACAUGAUCCUCCGCGAGUCCAUAUUCUACGUCAACUUGCGACAGGCAUUUCUGCUCUCGCCCUUCUACGCCAACCGUAUCUCAUCACGAACUGUGCUCUUCGUUUCUGUCCCCGACCAGUAUCUAGAUGAGGCCAGGUUACGCAAGAUCUUCGGCGACUCCGUCAAGCACGUCUGGAUUACGCGCGACACGGAGAAGCUGGAUGAUCUUGUUAAGGAGCGCGAUGAGGUCGCUAUGAAGCUAGAGAAGGCUGAAGUCAAGCUCCUGAAGCUUGCCAACGCCCAACGCAUCAAGUCGGCUAAGAAGGGUAGCUCUAACAAUGACAGGGCCGAAGCGCCUUUGGACGCGGAGUCAGGUAGUUUAGCUGCUCGCUGGGUUCCUGAGAAGAAACGACCUACUCAUAGACUCGGACUUCUUGGCCUCGUAGGUAAGAAGGUCGACACUAUUAAUUGGUGCCGCAGUGAACUAGCACGCCUCAUCCCGGCUGUUGAGGCUGCGCAGGCAGAAUACCGCGCAGGAAAUAGCAAAAAGAUUCCCAGUGUUUUCAUCGAGUUCUACCGCCAAGCAGACGCCGAGACUGCUUUCCAGGUCUUAUCCCAUCACCAAGCUUUGCAGAUGACGCCAAAAUAUAUUGGUAUCACGCCCGGCGAAAUUGUGUGGAGCGCACUCAAGGUGUCGUGGUGGCAGAGAAUCGUCCGCAGAUUCUCAGUACUUGCUUUUAUCACCGCACUUAUUAUUUUCUGGGCAAUUCCUGUUGCUGUUGUCGGUAUUAUUUCGAAUGUCACUUAUCUUUCUUCGAUCUCCUUUCUCCGUUGGAUUCAGUCAAUUCCCGACGUCGUUCUGGGAUUCAUCCAGGGCUUGCUACCCAGUGUUGCCUUAUCUAUUCUCAUGUCGCUUGUACCUGUAAUCAUGAGAUUGUGUGCCAAGCUUUCGGGCGAGCCGUCCCUAUCGCGAGUCGAAUUAUUCACUCAGAAUGCUUAUUUCUUUUUCCAGCUGAUUCAAGGCUUCUUGGUAAUAACGCUCGCCUCAUCAGCAACAGCUGUCGGAAAGCAAAUAGCCGACAACCCUGGAUCAGUCACAAGCAUUCUGGCGGAAAACCUUCCCAAAGCUUCUAAUUUUUAUAUCUCAUACUUUAUUGUACAGGGUCUAGGUGUCGCUUCAAGCGUGCUCUCUCAGGUCGCUGGUUUCGUUAUAUUUACUAUCAUGUACAAAUUCCUAGCAGGGACGCCACGCGCUCUCUAUACUAAAUGGGCAAAUCUUAGCGCUAUUUCUUGGGGCAGCGUACUACCGGUAUAUACUAAUAUCGCUGUGAUUAGUAUCACAUAUGCUGCUAUCGCUCCAUUGGUGCUUGGAUUUGCUACUAUUGGUCUUUCACUUUUCUACCUUGCAUGGCGUUACAAUGUUUUCUUCGUCACGGAUACGCAAGUCGAUACUAGGGGUUUGAUAUAUCCUCGAGCAUUAAAGCAGCUUUUCUCCGGCAUAUAUAUUGCUGAGCUGUGUAUGAUUGGGAUAUUCGCUACCUCAGUGGCUAUCGGCCCCUUGGUUCUUAUGGUGGCAUUCCUCGUUUUCACUAUCCUGUUCCACAUUACUCUCAACAACGCCAUCAACCCUCUACUUUAUAACCUUCCUCGGACUCUCAGUGUUGAGGAGGAAUCUAAAUCCCAAAUUGAGAGUUCUACUCGACACACCAGCUACUCGACUGUUCAGAAUGGGGAUCAGGAUGGUCUUUCGGACACGAAGAAGACAACCUCUGGAAAUACUGCUAUUGCAGGAAAGAAGCCAGGGUUCUUGGCUAAAUUUUUGAAGCCGUGGCAGUAUUGCGACUAUGAGUCGUUGCGAAAACUUGUGCCUCACGACCAGGUUGACACAAACAAUUUAUACACUGACGAGAUCGAACGCAAUGCCUACUUCCCACCUUCAGUCAACAGCGGAACUCCGUUGCUCUGGAUCCCCGAGGACCCUAUGGGUAUCUCCAAGCAAGAGGUUCGGGAAACCGGCAAGGUUAUCCCCAUCACAGAUGAGGGAUGCAUCCUGAGCGACAAGAACAAGCUAGAAUGGGAUACGGAGACUGUGCGACCACCUGUUUGGGAAGAGAAAAUCUACUACUAG